AUGUUUGCAGCUACUCAAACCGUUCUUAAUAACAUUAUUGAUGAUGGUACAACUUCUGCUCAAAGAGGUGAGGCUUAUGGUGUCAACAAAGUGCUAUCCUCGUUUGAAUUUGUUUUUUCGUUACAUUUGAUGAAGGAAAUUAUAGGGAUUACUAAUAUUUUGUGCCAAGCAUUACAACAAAAAUCUCAAGAUCUUUUGAAUGCAAUGCAUGUUAUUUCCACAUCAAAACUACUUCUUCAAAAAUUGAGGGAUAAUGGUUUGUGCAAUUUACUUGAGAUUGUUAAGAAGUUUUGUGAGAAACAUGAAAUUGACAUCCCUGAUAUGAGUACACAAUACACGGUUGGAAGAGGUCGAUCUCGUCAACCAAAGAUAACAAUCGAGCAUCAUUAUCGAGUUGAUGUGUUUUUGGCAGCAAUUGACUCUCAAAUUCAAGAGUUAAAUAGUAGAUUCAAUGAGGAAACCAUGGAGCUUUUGACUUUAAGUACUGUUUUGGACCCUAAAGACAAUUUUAAGUUGUUUAAUAUUCAGAAUAUAUGCAAGUUAGCUGAAAAGUUUUAUCCUUCAAAAUUUUCUGAUCAUGAAAUGAUUCUCUUGAAUGCUCAAUUGCAACAUUAUGCAUUUGAUAUACCGAAUUAUCUAAAAGAUGUUGGGACACUUUUUGAGUUAUGUCAAAAAUUGAAGGAAACAGGAAAAUCAAGAACUUAUCAUUUGGUUGAUAGACUGAUUCGCAAUGUCUUGACUCUUCCAGUAUCUACAGCAACAACAGAAAGAGCUUUCUCGGCAAUGAAAAUUGUUAAAACAAGACUUCGGAGUAAAAUGACAGACGAAUUUCUUGCAGAUAAUUUAGUCAUUUACAUUGAGAAAGAAAUUGCAGCUACUUUCAGUGCAGAUUCAAUAAUAGAUGACUUUGAAUCAAGAAAAAAACGUCGAGCUCAAUUGUCUAUGUAA